GUCAAACGUAACAAAUGUCGCUUAUAUUUACAAAACAUAUUUAAAAAUACAUUAUUAUUAUGAAAUGAAGCGAAAGUAAUGAUACAUCUGGCAAAAUCGAGUGUCGGAAACCUGUGAUUGUGUUAUAUUUGUGAUUUAUUGUGAUACCUGGAGCAUAACCUCAAAAUUAACAAUUUGAUCUUUAUAUUCGGUGGAGAUAAUGGCUUUGCAGCUGUCUAGACGUGAAGUGGACGACUUGCGUUCGUCGUUAGAUCGUGCAAUUUAUCGCACAAUUGGGAAAUCGGAUAGUUCGCUUUUGUCAACAGUUGCGUCUUGCCUGACUAAUGGCUAUGAACGGAGGAAAAUCAUAGACAAGAUAUCAUCCCACAUAGAUUCAAAGAAAGCAAGUAAACUAGCAGACAAAGUGUUGGCUUUGGCACAGGAACUAAUAUCAAGUUCAAAGUCAUCUAAGAGAAAAUAUGAGUCUUCAAGUGACAAGGAUAGAGAUACAAAGAGGUCAAGACAUGAUGAAAAAGAGAUCAAAGAAGAGAAGCGGGAGUCUAAAAUUGAGAAGGAGAGACAGGAGAAAGAGGAUGAGAAGAAUAAUGGUAAUGGGAUGGAAUUGCCAAUAAUUCUACCUGAAGGAGAGACUGUCGGAUCCAAGAUGGCAGGACUUAGUGCGGAUAAGAUUAAGUUGAUGAUGGCGAACGCACAGAAGGAGAUAGAGGAGCGCAAGCGAGCUUUGUUAGCGAUGAAGGGUGAACAGAGGCCGAGUGUGAACGCAGCGGUGGCAGCGGCCCAGCAACUAAAAGUACAGAUGCAGCAGAAUAAUGCCAUACCACCGCCAAGUGUUAUCAAGCCUGUGCUUUAUUCAAAGCCAUCUGUAGCGCAUUUGAGUCAAGAGGAGUUGGAGAAGCAGAGGAAGAUAGCUGAACUGCAGGCGAGGAUACAGAGGAAGUUGGCAGGUGGAGCGCUGGCUGCAGCAGGUAACACGGGUCCUGCACCCCUCAUACUGGACAGAGAGGGUCGCACUGUGGACACCAGCGGGAAGAGAGUCCAGCUCACACAUGUCGCGCCCACGCUCAAGGCGAACAUCCGUGCACUACGUCGCGAGGAGUUCAAGGCUCAGCUGUGGAGCGGGUCAGCGUCCAGCGUGCCGGCAGCCAGCGCGCCCUGGUACGACGACCGCGUCGACACCAAGCCCGCUGUGCGCACUCGACGUGCUCUGCGCUUCAACGAGCCCGGCAAGUUCCGACAUCUCGCUGACAGGCUCCGCAUGAAGGCACAACUGGAGAAGCUGCAGAAUGAGAUAAGUCAGAUCGCACGCAAGACUGGCAUUUCUUCAGCCACGAAGCUUGCCCUACUCGCCGCGGACACGCCCGACUCUGACCGUCUGCCAGACAUUGAGUGGUGGGACAGCGUAAUCCUGAUGACUCCAGAAGAGAGAGAAGAGAAGAGAAAGAGAAGUGCGCCGACAGGAGACAGCAGGACUGACAUACAGAGAGUGGACGCAUGUAAUGUGGGAGAUGAUGAUAUUGUAGAGAAUCUGAAUGAAGAUGCCAUCACCAACCUUGUUGAACAUCCGCAGCAGUUGAGACCGCCCACGGAGCCAUUAAAGCCGACGUAUAUGCCGGUCUUCCUCACAAAGAAGGAGAGGAAGAAGUUAAGAAGACAGAGCAGACGUGAAGCUUGGAAGGAGGAGCAGGAGAAGGUCAGAUUAGGUCUGGAAGCACCACCGGAACCUAAACUCAGGAUAUCGAAUCUAAUGCGUGCUUUGGGUACGGAGGCUGUACAAGAUCCGACCGCCAUUGAGGCGAAGGUGCGGGAACAGAUCGCCAAGCGACAGAAGACGCACCAGGAUGCAAACAAGGCGAGGGCACUCACAAAGGAACAGAAGAGGGAAAAGAUUGACAGGAAGAUAAGGGAAGAUACAUCACUAGGUGUCCACGUGGCUGUUUAUAGAGUGAAGGAUCUGUUUGAAUGCGCCUCAGCUAAGUUCAAAGUGGAAGUGAACGCGAAGCAGCUUCACAUGACGGGGUGCGUGCUGCUGCACCGCGGCUGCUGUCUCGUUGUCGUGGAGGGGGGACCUAAACAACAUGAUAAAUAUAAAAGGCUGAUGCUGCAUCGUAUAAAAUGGGAGGAGGAUAUAGUGAAGGACGCGGAGGGCGCGGAGGUGCCCAACGCGUGUCAUCUUGUGUGGGAGGGUGUCACCAAACAUCGCGCAUUUGGAGAAAUCAAGUUUAAGGUGAUGCCGACAGAGAAACAGGCGCGGGAACAUUUCCAAAAGCACGGAGUGGAACAUUACUGGGACCUGGCGUAUAGUGGUGCGGUCCUCGGCACCGCGGUCGACCAACCCUAACUGACCUCCACGUACCACAAUAUGACUAGACAACGUGGGUCUAAAUAAACUAGAUUAUACUACCAACCAAUAUUAUUUGACCCCUGGAAAUAACUACUAAGCAACGGGUGUCUAAUUAUACUAGAUAUUAGUUGGCCAGUUUUACUUGACCUUUGCCUGUAACUAGUUGUCUAGGAAACAGGAGUCUUGAUUAAUGUUCAACCAUUUCUAGUAGACCUCCACAAAUAAGUAAUGAGGAGUCUAGGAGCUGCUAUUUGAAAAUGUCGGCUAUUUUUUUGUGUUGAUUUGAAGAUUCCAAUCAACAACUAGGCACAUAAUAUUAAGGCUUCAAGCCUGUCUAGUAUCCAUAUUAAUAGAGGUCAUUGGAGUUUAGAUAUACGUCAGUCAAUAUAGAUAUUUUAAGGAGUAAAUUUUU